GAGAAAGAGGAGAAAGAGAGAAAAGUAGCGGCUGACUGCUGGUAGGCUGUGUAUAGCCCCAGUUUGUGUUUGGACCCGGGUUGAUCGUGUAAGUGAUGUACAGUCGUCUGGGUUUAUGGAUCCACUGACGGAGGACAAUGUACUUCUCUUUAGUGGCCCUUGUCCUGACUAAGGCUCUACUCACAGAGGUGUGCGACGCGCUCAACGUGACGGUGGUGCCCGGGCCCGUCGCCAUGGUGACGGAGAGAGACAACCUCACGCUGUCCUGCCUGGUCUCCCAGCGGAAGAGGGCCAGCGGCGUACUGGUGCUGCGAUGGUUCUUCUCCCCCGCCGGCGCCGUCCCCCCCCCCUCCCCCUCGUCGCCAUCACCUCCUCCCCCUCCUCCCCCCUCCCCCCAGCCCUCCCCCUCCUCCCCCUCCUCCUCCUCCGAGGUGCUGAUCGUGCGGAUGGGCAUCAAGAAGAUGAAGCAGUACGGGAACUACUCCCGGCGCUUCCCGCAGCCCAAGUUCCUCCUGCAGGAGGAGCCAGCGGCGGGGGGGGAGGUGUUCCGGCUGCUCGUCCUCAACGUGACGGCGGGCGACCGGGGCGUCUACAGCUGCAGGGUGCAGGAGAUACGGAGGCACAGGAACAUCUGGAGGGCCUCGUCCAACGGCACCGGCAGCACCACCCUGGCAGUGCGCCCCCCCCAGGAGGAGGGCAGCGGAGACGGGAUGCUGCGCCUGGUCUCAGACUUGUAUCUGUGUGCCGUGCUGAUAUGCUGCCUGGGGCUCCUCUCCAUCUUCCUGUUCACGCUGGUCCUGGGAUGCCAGCACCUCCUUAGGAGGAGGCAUAGACUCAAAGCCAGCUACCUACUGGUCAAGUGCCCAGAGAGCAGCUCCGGGGAGACGGUGACUGACUCCACCUGCUCCUCCAGCUCCUCUCCCCGAGCCCAGAGGAAGGAGUCGCUACGCCCUCCCCGCAGCCGGGCGCGGCCCAAAGCAGCCGCAGGACAGAUGCCCCCCAAGGCAGAGGACCCCCCGCCGCCCCCGCCACACAGGGUGCCCAAAGUUCCUGAGGCUCAACAGAGGCCUCGCAAGCCCAGAAGACUAAAGAACCAAACCAGGAGGUCCACCCCUCAGAGAGACUACUACCAGGAGGACAGUCUGACGUACGCAGAGUUGGAGCUGGUCAGGCCGCGCCCUGAGCCCCCAGUCGCCCCCCCGACAGGCCCGGCCGAGACCCCCACCCCCACCCCCGAGAAGCAGCUGUAA